AUGGGCGGACGAGGAAGGAACAACGAAAAUAGGAAUAGCAACUCGAACGGAAACGGCGGGGGUCGCGGCGGAAGCGGUGGAAGCGGCGGGUACAGCGGAGGAAACGGGGGAAGCGGAGGAAGCGGAGGAAGCGGCGACGACGAUCGCGACGAUCGAGACAACCGCGAUGACGAGGAAAAGGAAACCCCCCAAAGUAACGACGAGCAAGACAGUGACAAACCCAAAAAGGCGAAGAAGAAAAAAGAAGGCCGCGAAUCCGAAGAGGACAAGCAGGGGAAAGAAGAAGAAGAAGAAGAAGAAGAAGAAGCAGGAGCGUCCGAACGGGCAGACGAAUUAACUGAAGAAACGCACGAAGAUGCGGGCGAAGUGACUCAAAGGAAGAAGCUCGAGGAGCUAAAGUUCUUGGGGGGCAUGCAGAUGAAUGUGGCCCCCGAAAUGGUGAAUGCACAGACGAGCGCAGAAGAGCCACAGGAAAAAACAGAAAACACUGAUGAAGACAACGACCUAAUUAACAUGAUGAACGAUAACGCCUCGUCCAUUCGGGAGUACAGCUUUGAAGAUUCGCACAUCAAGGCCUGCCUGUUAGACAAUAACUCGGGGGUCCACAGGCUAUCGGUAGAGGAAGCUCAAAAGAUCGGGAAGAAAAUAGUUAGCAACCCGUAUACGGCCAGCAGUUGUGAGGGAGAAACGGAUGAGCAGAGAUACAAGACCGAGGCCAUCAACAAAUGCAUACAGAGGCAACAGACGAAGAUAAAGCUGAACAACGUGUUGACAGAGCUGAAGUUUAAAAGCGCACACCAUGUUGACUACCCCCAGGGGAAACAUACCGAUGAGCAUAGCCUAUCCGGAAGAGACAUGGACGAUCCUUUGCAGGGGAUGGAGACACACAACAAAAACUCUCACAGCAAUAACCAACAACAGGGAAGCUACAAAAACCCUUAUGACCAAAACUACACCGAUUUUGUAAAACACUACGUAACGCAUGUUGGGAAUUUCUACAGAGAUGUAGCCAAACCACAUGUUGAAAAAAUAAUGAAUGUACAGUCGCAAUCGUUUGGACUGAGACACAUGUAUAGGAGUGGAGCAGACUCAUCGUACGCCUAUGGAAGUUCCGAAUUUAACAGAUCAUUGUCUACCUCUAUGCAAGAUGGAGACACAAAGAGGGAAGAUGAUGAUUGUAACUUCACAAAUUACCUGACUUGUUCAGGUGAAAAGGAGAUAAAUAAAUACUUCGAACAGAAUAUGAACUGCAUGGCUAAUCCGUUGGCAGAAAUGAAAAAGUACAUGCCUACCCACUUGGGUUAUUACGACAAAUUUAAUUACUCCAAGGCGCUGGACUCGAUUAGGAACUACGACUGUACGAAUGCCAAGGAGUAUCUCGAAAAUUAUGACUGUGUGCAGAACGCGCGCACGCUUGUGGAGGAGAACUCCUGCGGGGGGGGCGUGGCACGGGUGGCGAAGCACGUCAAUUUUGAGAACGUGAAGAGGCACGUCAAUUUUGAGAACGUGAAGAGGCACGUCAACUUGGAAAAUGUGAAGAAGCACGUCAAUUUUGAGAACGUGAAGAAGCAUGUCAACCUGGCGGGCGUGGCGAAGCGCAUCAACAUAAAGAGCCUCACGGAGCACAUCAACGUGGAGCAGCUGAAGCAGCGCCUAGACGCAGAGGGACUCCUGAACGCACAGUGCUUCGAUGAAAAUUACAACAUGCUGGGAGAGGCGUACAAAAAUUACGUGAACAAAUACAUCGAGGAGGUGAAGAAGUCUUUACAUGAACAGAAGGAACUCUACACAAACAGUGCCAACUGCAAUGCACAACUCAUGAACAAUAAUUUUGUCCAGCUAGCUGCAAAAAAUAUUCGUAAUUUAGGAAACGUUUACUCCAAAAGUAAAAAAAAAUUUCAUUGGAAUAACCAUAAGAAAUACAUUGUGUUCAAUCAUAGGAAGUACGUCAAUAUGUUAGAUGCAUGCUAUAAGAAACGGGUUCAAUCUGUGAAAAAAAAAAUUCAGGUGAACCAAGAAUUUUUUAACAAUUACUUUAGAGCAUGCACAAUUGACUGUAAUAGUAACAGGUAUAUGGGAUCAAAUGAUCUGUCCAGAAGUGCUGCUUCUCUUUUUGACUAUGGGAACAUCGAAGUCAAUUCGUUGGAACAAACAAAUUCUCUAAAUCUAGCCGAUAUGCGUCUCCCGUCGUUGUUUAAAAAUUCCGGUUCUGCGUCCAACUUGCAGAGGGCCAAUAGUAAUGCUGACUCCGAAAUGGUAGGGAGUGCGCAUGGUAACUCCAAGGAGGGGGCAAACAGAUGCAACGGAGACACAGGUGGUGACGAGGGGGAAGAUGCAUAUGGAGAUACUUACGACGAUGCUGAUGUGGACGAUGAAGAAGUAAACAUCCCCUGCUUCUCACAGAAGGAAAACAGGCUGAAGCAUUUGAAGGGAGUCCUGCCAGACAGUGGAGGAAUCGAAAGCGACAUCAUUUAUGAUCAACAGAAAAAUAUUUUCUUCGACUUUAACGACAAUGCUUAUGUGCACGUUAAGGGCAACUUAUAUUUUAACGUCAAGGACAAAUUAUUUUACGAAAUUGAGUACACGGAUGACUUUUCCUACGAAAAUAUGAAAAAGGGGCUCCUCCAACUGGGCCACUUCCUAGUCACGGAGAAGUAUGCGCCCUGCAAGCUUAUCAUGAGACUGUGCACCCGGUUUAAUACGUUUAUGUACAACUUCCUCGGUGUGCGCAAGUACAACGUUUUCCACGCGGACGGGGAGAACCUCGUCGAGAUUAUCAUCAAGUGA